GCCGAGUAGGAGAAAAACUGCUCAAUUCUCUUCUAUUCUCUUUCCCCGCCAUAACCGCCUCUUCACAUUCCUUGAAAAUUCUCGCUCUCUCUCUCUCUCUCACACACACAUAUACACAUAUAUAUAGGAUGAUGAUUUUUAAAAAGAGUGGUGAUAAUGAAGGUGGUAGUAGUGGUGGUGGAGGAGUACUUUAUGCUUAUUUAGGUGUACUCUGUUGUGUACUUGUUGUAUCAGUGAUAGCAGUUUUUCUCGGAAGCGGCUUCCGAUCAUCUGCGGUUGCUGUGAAUUCUGGUAGUACUGUUUCGAUUGUUGAGUUGCAGAAGAAAGUGAUCGCCGCCGCCGUGGCUAAUCAGAAUCCGUCGCGAGCCAUCGCUUCUGAUAUUUCGUUCUAUCGGAAGAACUCUUCGUUCGCUCCGAUUCAUAGAAAAUCUGCCGUUGUUAGGAAAGUUGAUAAGAAAGAGGAAGGAUUGGCACGAGCGAGAGGGGCGAUUCGAAAAGCUGCUGGUGUUCGAAAUCAGUCGAUCAUAAACCCCGGUGGAAUCUACCGUAAUCCAGGCGCAUUUUAUCAGAGUUACAAGGAGAUGGAGAGGAGAUUCAAAGCGUAUGUAUAUGAAGAUGGAGACUUCAUAAUAGUCCAUAAUGGGCCUUGUAAAGAUAUAUAUGCAAGUGAAGGAAGGUUCAUUAGCGAGAUGGAACAUGGUAACAGUAAAUUCAGGACAAGAGACCCUCAUUCAGCCCAUGUUUAUUUCAUGCCUUUUAGUGUUACUUGGAUGGUUAAGUUUCUCUACAAGCCACUUUCAUAUAACGUUACUCCUCUUAAAGAGUUUGUGUCUGAUUAUGUUCGACUUAUCUCAACAAAAUACCCUUUCUGGAAUCAAACUCAUGGAGCUGAUCAUUUCAUGCUUUCUUGCCAUGAUUGGGCUCCUCUUGCUUCAAAAGGCAAUGAUUUUUUGUACAAUACAUCAAUAAGGGUUUUGUGUAAUGCAAACUCCUCAGAAGGUUUCAAUCCUCAGAAAGAUGUGAGCCUUCCUGAAAUCUACCUUUACAAUGGUGGAGUGUCCCCAAAGCUACAGUCUCCUCCACCAGCCAACAUUUCAAGGCCUUAUCUUGGAUUCUUUGCUGGUGGACUUCAUGGCGAUAUCCGGAAAAACCUCUUCGAACACUGGAAAGGGAAAGACUCCGAUCUUCGUGUAUAUGAAUACCUGCCUAAAGACAUGGAUUAUCCCUCGGAAUUGUUGAGGUCCAAGUUUUGCCUAUGCCCAAGUGGCUAUGAAGUUGCUAGCCCAAGAGCCGUUGAAGCCAUUUAUGCCGAAUGUGUUCCUGUUAUGUUAUCAGAUCAUUACGUCUUCCCUUUUAGUGAUGUGCUAAACUGGGAUGCAUUCUCAAUACAGGUUAAUAUUUCUGAUAUCCCAAGGCUAAAGGAGAUAUUGUUGGCUGUUCCAGAAGACAAAUACAUGAAGCUCAAAGAAGGUUUAAGAGCUGUGAGGAAACAUUUUGAACUAAACCGGCCUGCUCUGAAGUUUGAUGUGUUUCAUAUGAUAUUACACUCUAUAUGGCUCAGGAGACUAAAUUUAAGGCUCUAGAUGGAAACAUGCUAUAUAUAUAUAUAUGAGUUACAAAAGAAGAACUAGGGGGGAGAGGCAUAGGGGUUGGAGUGAAUAGAAUCGAUAUCAAAUGUUACCAGGGUUUAUUUAAAUGCUUUUUGAGUUAAAUUCUUUCAUUCUCUAGAAUUUGUUUGUAAUAGCAUCUUUUGCAGAUGGGCGCAUUCUUCCAUAUAUAUAUUGGCCUAUAGGAGUAAACAAGUCCUCUUGCUUCAACAAGACAAUGUAAAUGAAAACAUUCUUGAUCUUUUUUUUUUUUUUCAUUUUGGAACGGGAGAAGUAUCAGUGUUUGUUCUACAAGAUAAUAUAUAUCCUUGAAAUUUUUGUCAAAAGUGAAAUGUGCAAGGAAUGAAUUCGUCUUGACCAAUUUA